AUGUUGCAGGAAUAUGAGUUCCUAGACUUGUCAGAUGUGAAAGAAGCGGAACUGAGCAGUUUGCAGUGUGCGCUCUUUGAGAAAAAACCUGGGACUGCAUCUACAAUCGCAAACGUCCGUUGGACUGAUCCUGCUGUAGGCAAUUAAAUGUUGGUAGAUAUAUCAUCUUGUUCAUCGAGCACGGCGGGGCCACCGACCGUGUCGAGCAGCCUGGACAGCCUGUCGGGCGGCGAGUGCGAGAUGGCGCCCCACUCGCCGCAGCGGAGCGCGGGAGGGCCGCCGCCCUACGUACAGCCCACCUACCCCCCGCCGCCCCCCCAUCAAUGGCCUGUCGCCCCUCCCAACGUGUACGUUAGCCAAGUAACAGCCAAUGUUAACGUACACGGGUACAUGGGGCAGUACUACCAGCCACCGCAGCCGCAAUACGUUCCACAACCGCCACAACAAGUAGAAAGAAAUUCGAGGAAUCAUAGAAGAGACCGUCGUAACAAAAGAGCUCCGUCACCGCCUCCGCCUCAACCGCCUCCGUACUAUGUUCCAUAUUCACAGUACUAUCCAGCGGCCCAAGCACAAGGUGCACCGUUGUACCAUCUUCCUAUGUAUCAGCCCUUAGUGUAUGGACCAUACGCCUACCCACCAUAUUAUCAAGAAUAUCCAAUACCGGUCGAGGGUGACGCAGGUGAUAAAGGACCCGAUGAAUAUCAACAAGAAGUUGUCAUGGAGCAAGAAGCGGUAGAUGCUUAUUAUGCAAGUGCACAUUAUGCCGCUCCACAGUACGGUGCGCCAGUUGAAGGCGCCGUAGAAUACAUACCCCCUAUGUACAUACCCCCUCCGCACCCUCCGGCACCUAUGCCUAUUCAGCAACAACCUCCCCAUCAAUCCACACCACAUCAAUUUAAUGUACACGCUAAGAAUUUUGUUUUGGGACAAAAUCACAACAAAACCUAUACACCUGAAAAAACCCAGGAACAAAAACCUCCGUCGACAGCGACAGUAACAACGAGUGCCGCUACUAGUACUGUUGAUGCGAUCCCUGUUAAAGAUCUUAAAAUCUCUAAAGGACCAGGUAGUCCAAAACAAGAAAAACCUGUUGAAGCUACUGCAUCAAAACCUGCUACUCCCUCUGAGAAAACUUCAUCGACUGUAAAGAAUGAUGCUACUAAACCAGCUUGGGUCCCAGAUAAUAAACCUCAAGAGCCUCCUACCCAGAUUAUAAGUACAGCAAAUAAAACAUUACCACAGACACCUGCACCAAAUACUCAAGCGAUGAGUGCAAAAAUACCACCUGUGCCUGGAAAAGCAUUAAAAGGACCCACAGCUACAGCACCUUUUUCGACUGGCAAGCAACCACCUAAACCUGCCGUCCCUACUUCUGUCCCUUUACAACAGUCGAUUUCCACUUCAAAAGCACCUUUUGGAAACAGACAAAAACGUGAAGGCAAUACAAAUCGAUCUCCGUCAAACGAAAAUGCUGAGCACGAAAAAGUAGUGCCAGUAGAACAUACUAAACGAGAUCCGCCAUUGCCUCCCAGCAAAGCGCCAAUGCCGAUUUCCAUUACACUGCACGCUCAGGGGCCCCCAGUUAUUGUUACAAAUAAAUCGCCAUUUGCUCACUCAAGAAAGGCCGCGGCAGCGGCAGCGGCAGUGCCUGAACCUGCCCCUGCACCUCAACUGCCUCCACCGGCUCCCACUGCAUCAGAUUUCCCCCCUCCCCCGACUCCAAGAAACAGAGGGGAACCAAUACCCACCCCGGUUGUACAGCCUCAACCACAACCGGCGCCUGGAAAAUCGUGGGCUAGUCUUUUUUCUAACAAAACAAGCAGUAUAACUACAACGACUUCUUCCACCAUUUCAAUAGAAGAACCGUCCAGUCCUACAACUCUUUCGCCACCGGCAGUUACUAAUGUCCAAAAACCGGUAGCCAAAGUACCUCCGUUUGAUGCGUCCCCGUUACAAAAUACUGCGGUUGAAAAGGCUCCAUUACCUGCAUCAAGGCCUGUUACUACAGCUGCGCCUACCGUUUCGUAUUCCGAGAAAACGUCAGUAAAUGCUGUGAGCAAUGCUAGCCCAGCAACUCAGGCAAUAAAAUCGCCGUCUUCUACACCUACUAAUACGGAAGUCAGAGAAGUACCUAUACAAAAAGAGAGUUCACCUACAGCUCCCGUUCAACCAUCGCCUUUCAGUGACGACCCAAAUUCAUACCGAAUGGGAGAAUUUCUCUCAAAAUAUCAGUUGGAGAAUCGUCCUGUUUCUCUAUUGCCUCGCGGCCUUACUAAUCGCUCCAACUACUGUUAUGUGAAUGCCAUCCUGCAAGCAUUGAUCGCUUGCCCGCCAUUCUAUAAUAUGCUGAAAGCGCUCCCGUAUCAAACGCGGCGCGGAAAAUCGAGCACACCUGUUAUUGAUUCAAUGGUGGAACUUUGCUACGAGUUCAGUCCCCUAGCAAGUUCAGCGCGUCGUGGACGAGGGGAGGCGGGCCCUUCAGGGACUGCGCCCGCGGUGCCAGCGGGACCCCCACUAGACGGCUCGGCAGGUCUCCGAGUAUUAAGAGCCCUACGGCCCUUCCCCGGCUCACAGGAAGGCAGACAAGAGGAUGCAGAAGAAUUUCUCGGAUGUCUCCUCAACUCACUUAAUGAUGAAAUGCUCGAACUUAUAAAAUUAGUAGAACCUGAAGAACCUAAAGACAAUUACGGGAAAACAAAUGGUGUUAUCGCUCAAGAACAGCCUACAGAAGAAGAUGAUGAUGAUGAUGAAUGGAAGGUGAUGGGCCCGCGCAACCGCGGCGCGGUGGAGCGGCGCUGGGCGGCGCGCCGCACGCCGCUGGCCGACAUCUUCCGCGGCCGCACGCGCCUGCGCCUGCACCGCGCGCCGCACCACGACGUCACGGACGCCGUGCAGCCCUUCUUCACGCUGCAGCUCGACAUCGAGCGUUCCAACACUGUGAAGGACGCUUUGGAACUUUUAGCUGGGAAGGAUACACUAGAAGGCGUGUCUGAUGCUUGGCAACAGCUUUCACUAGAACAGCUGCCUGUGGUAUUGCUGUUACAUCUCAAGUGUUUCCAGCUCGAUGCCGAAGGUCACACUGCUAAAAUUGUCAAGAAUAUCGACUUCCCGAUUGAUCUUAAGAUUGAUCCAAAAAUAAUGUCAUCAAAACACACUACAAAGCAACGGCUUUAUAAACUUUUUGCUGUUGUGUAUCAUGAAGGUGUAGAGGCUGUGAAGGGACAUUACCUUACAGAUACCUUCCAUGGUCAAGCCGGUUGGAUAAGGUAUGAUGACUCUACUGUGACACAAGUGACGGAUGCUCAAGUGUUAAAGCCGAAACCUCCGAGAAUGCCUUAUCUUUUAAUGUAUCGCAGGCACGAUACACUUGUACCACAUCGGCCACCUGGCAAACCGGAGUAAACAAAGAAAAACUGAGUGUAAUAUAUGAAGUGACUUUUAAGUGAGUGUAAAUAAUAAGCUGACUGUGCCUGUCAAUGACUUUACUGCACAACGAAUUCACUAUAUUUAAUAUUAAGUACACUGUAAAAUUUAAUUCGAGGUUUAUCUUUGUAUUUUUUUAAUUUUUUUUUUCUUCUAGUUUUAUGCACAAAUUCUUGUUUACUUUUUAUUUCACGCAGCUAAUGCUUUUGCCAUCUCUCCUUCCUUAGUUAUGUAUUUUUUCCACUUUUGUGAAACUUAUUUAAAUUUAGUGUACAUAAGGUAAGAUGUAUAUAAAUCUUUUGUAUAUAGUACAAAAUGGAUAAUAUUCUUUCAUUCAUAUUUCAUCACAAAAUACAUUGAAAAAAAUUAUUUCUGUCGAGUCAUAUAAAUUUUAGAAGAGUAAUGUCUGUAAAUAUUGUUCAUGUAUAGAGGUAUAUGUUUGAAAGUCUUGAUGAUUAAAUUACCGGUUGAUCAUCAUUGAAAAAAAAAUGUGAAAUUCAAAAUUUUCUAGUUUUAAAUGUAUAUAAGAUUUGUAAAUUAAUAAUUCUAUAGAAUAUAUUUCAUGUUGCUAUGUUUAUCAGACUUUUAGAUUUAAGGUCUUGACAAUAUGGAAUUGUGUUAUAAAUUUAUAAAAAAAUGUAAAAAAAAAAAUUAGUGUAAUUUAAUUUCAUACAUGAUUAUGUAUACAUUAUCACUCUCUCAAUAAUACAUCAAAGAUUCAAUGUAGAUGUAAAGUACAAAGAUUAAAUAUUGUUGUGAUGGUAAAAAAGUGCACUUUUUGCUUUUAUUUGACAAUUAUCAUCGAAUAUUUUUUGCAUUACUUUGUGCUAAAAUUAUAAAUAUAUAUUUUCGUGUACUGCUAAUGCAUGUUAAUUUUAUGUUAAUGAAUGUCAAUAAGAACAAAAUGUGCAUUCUAUACCAGAUUGCAUUUUAAAUUAUAUGGAACUGUGUGAAACUGUUGGCCUAAUUAUCAGAGUUAGUAACUCUAGUCUUAUGUUGUCUGGUGCAUAUUUAUAGUAAAAAAAAAACUUAUUACAGGUAAAUUAAAAACAACGCUACAUAGUUGAACUACAAAAGAAAAAUACAUGUUGUGUUUAACUACUAGUAGCUUAUACUUAUUCUGCUAAUUAGGCAGACGAAACGAGCAUUCGAAUUAAAUAUUUCGUCCUAGAAUAAUUUAUACAAAUAAAGGUCAGAGUGGAUUGUUCUGUUAGUGGUUAUGGAAUCGGUGCUUCGACGGACUGAAAGUAAGGCAGUGAGAGAUGUGCCCUUGGUUUUGUGAUAUGGAUUGUGAAUGGACGAUUCUACAGAUUGUUUAGUUGUAAAAAUAAUAUUGUUAUAUGGUGUUAAAUUUAAAUAGAUUAUAUGUUAUCUCGCCAUUGGCCACUGAACAUCUGUUUUUAAUAUUAUUUGUAAUCAACUCAUAAUCUUAUCAUUUCUUUUGGUAAAGAAACCAUUUGUAUUGUGUGACUGCCUAAUUUUCGUUUGGGGUGUAUGGAAAAUAAAAUAUGGUUAAUAAUUUUAGUUUCUUUUUGUGUGAUUAGUUUGGAGCAGUGCUACGUUUACGAUCAAAAAUCGACUUGUGUCGAUUAUGUUCUGGUAAUGGCUGAUCUCAGAUAAAUGUUGUUGGAAUCACAUUUUAAUGUGUGUCGUAAUUUUACUCACUAGAAUAUGAAGGCAAUAUAUCCAGGCCUUGAAAAUAAUACUAUUUUGCUAGAAUCAAAUUAAUAAUCUAAUCGUGAUUAAUUGAGUUUGCUAAUAAAAUAGAGCUUUUUUACUUAAGUGUUAAAAAAUGAUCUAAAAAACAAUUUGGCACAAGCCCAAUUGUAAUAAAAAAUAUUUAGUCUUAAACUUAGUCAAUUUAAACUAUUAUAAUAAUGAAGAUCGAUGGAGGUAUAGUUUGUAAUUUUCUGGUAAAGAGUUGUUUACAACUAACGCUUUUAUAUGUAUAAUUUUGGUUGUUGUUAUUCGUUUAUUUGGAUUUUGGGUAGCUCAUAGUAUAAGUUAGUGAUGUAGUGGCAUUAUUAAUAUAAAAAAAUCACCAUUAUAUAAAUUUUUGGAAAAUGUGAAAUGAAGGAAAUGUGGGCCAAAACUGUAUUUUAAAACAAUCUAUAUUAAAUUUUGGAUUUCACAAAGUUACAGAAAUGCUCUUCAAUUUGUUAAAAGGAGCUCUUUUUAGAAUGGAGGUAAAAUAUAAAUUUGGUUUUGGCUUGUAUCCUCUUAACUUCAAUUUAUUGUAUUUGGUUUUAACUACCCAACGGUUCUGUGGUAUGAACUGAAAUGAAUUAUGAAUUAAAAUACAAAUAUCUAGUAUUAGUUCGUUAUAUUUGCACAAAUCGAUUUUUAGUUAACAUAUUGUUCCUUGAUAUGAUGCUGGCUUGUUUGCAUGAAUUGAAUGAUUGUGGAGCAAACACCAACAAUAAAUACAAUCGCUGUUUAGACUUUGUGAUAUUUGAUUAAUCAAUGCAAUUUCUGUACUUCUAGAUUAUAGAAGUAUAAUAUCACUGGGAUUAGCAAAAUAAUUAAAAUUGUAAAUACCAUGUUAUGGUAUAGUGAAAGUUGUAAAAAUUAGUCGUUUUGCUGAAGUAAAACGGACUAAAUACAAAGAAUGCAAAAAUAUAUUUAUAUAUAUUUGUAAAUAAUGAUUAAAAAUGUAGUCCAUUUUGCGUAAUUGCUCCUUUUGUGUGUAAGACUGAGCGAAGAGGCCCAUGUUAUAUGUUUUAAUUCCUAUAAAAUAUUAAUAAGAUUUAUAAUAACUACAGCUGCCUUUUAGUUUUAUCUGUGUUGCAUAUUUAUUGUUACAUAUGUACUGGAGUUGGAAUGUACCGAAUUAUAACCAUCAUAUGCUUAGGGUCUAUUACUGUCUUAUGAUUUGAAAUCAUACUUUAACGCAGUUUAUAAGGAUAUUGUGUGAUUAUUUUUAUUUACACAUUGAAAUAAAUGUCUUAGAAUUUAACUAGGUUGGACCAAAAAAGUAAUUGCUUAAAACCAUGAAAACUGGUUGCACAAAUUUGUAUCCUUCAAAAAUCUUACGAAUAUUAAAUGUUACGUAAUUAUAUUCUGACAUUCAUUUUUGCAAUGAUCAGCGCUUGGCUGUGACAUUACUUAGAUUUUUUCAAUAUUUUAAAUAUGAAACAAUAAUGCAAAGGUAUAUGAAUCCUGUGACUUAAUUUCUUAUAAUUCAGUACUCGAAUUAAAGCUUAUAUUUCUGAAUUUAAGGAGACCUUUCCCCGUCAUUUCAAAUAGAUUUUAUGUAAAAAUUGCUGUAAAUUUUUUCCAAUUUCAGUGUAGAUAUAAUACUGUUGAAAUGUAAAUUAGUUUGUCAUAUAUGAAUAGUAAACGUUCCUGAUAUUGUUAUUAUUGUUUGAACUGUGAGUGAAUAUGAGAUGAUUUUAUUACUAAUUUUAGAAUGCAGCUUUUUGUGUAUUUCCUUGUGCCAAUAAUGGAUCAUAAAAAAUAAUGAAUUUUUCAUACAAAAAAAAGUAAGUGUUUAUCUGUUAGUGUUACUACUAUUAUUGUGGAUUGAAUCUGAUAAGGUAUGGUUCUAAAAUUUAAAUUCUAAUUUAUUUUUUAAGCCUUACACUGUUUUUAAAAAUGAGUGUUUAGAAACGGAAGCAUAUUUUUUUUUUCUAUUAAACCAUUGAGUAAUUCUCGAGAUAUUUUUAUGAUAGAUCUAUUUUGAUUAGUUUACGCUUAUAAUUUUCGAACACAUGAGUUUUUCAUGACAACGCUACACCGUAGCGUCUUUAUAUGCUAAUGAUAGUAAAACCAUUAGAAUAUACAUCAUAGUAUUCAGUAGCGACAUUGAAACAUCGUUUUCUAGUCUAAAACAAAUCAUUCGGUGCAAUUUAAUAUAUCGAAGAAAAGACUUGCAAUUAAAUUAUACAAAAUAGAAUUAGAACUCCAACAAUAUGUAAAAUUGUAUCAAAAUAUUCAUAUACAAAACUGGUUAUACUUUCAAUGAACAUCUGGCGGUCUAUCUUAGGUCUUGUACAUGCAGUAUGCUAAUUGAUUAUAAUUAUUUUUAUAUGAGAGGGUCGUUAUUUAAGUUAUGUUUAAUGUUAGUUUUAAGUUCCAAGGCUGUAUUAAAAAGUUUCCCAAUGACUAUAAUUAUUAUAAAUACAUAGUUCACUAUGAUAGCUGUAAUUUAUUAUGAGGAAUUGUGUCAUUUCUGUUAUUGUGUAUACCGUACAGCAGGGUUGUUAAUAUGAAAACAGAACAGCGAAUAUUUCAAAUGUAAAAUAUUUUAUGACAUAAUUGUGUUAUCGUUUCCAAGUUACAGCUUUUGUAGAGAAUGCUUACUUUCUUUUAACCUAUUUGAAAUGUAUAUAAACUACUGGGUUAUAAUGGAUGAGGCAGAAAUUAAGAUCAAAUUAAAAUUAAAUUUAAAGCAUUAUCCAUUAUAAUCUGAUUCCUAAGUUGUUGAAAUGGAUGUGUGUAUGACUAAUAAAAUAAUCCUUUAUUUUGGUAACAAAUUGGUGUUAUGAAAAUUUUGUGAAUAAAAAUAUGGUGUCAUUCUAAUUA